UCGCGCGGCCUCCUCACAUGGUGAAGUUGGUAAUGAAGGCUCGCUUGGGAAUCUGCACGUUGAAGCCGAUGGUCUGCGCCUUGGAGCCCGAGUUGACCACCGAGCUGCGGACCGUGGUGUGGGCGAAGCGAGACGUGAUCCGGCUCUCCACCUUGUAGCUCUUGACGGUGAUGUCAUCUCCACGGAUGGCCUGGCCAAGGGAGGCAAACUUUGAGACGGCUGCUGCGGAAAGAGAUUCUGCCCCCAAGGAUAACUUGGUAGGGGGUCACUGAUUGCCCCGCUGGCCCCUGAACCGAGACUGGCAUCAUAAAGCUCAAGCCGGAUUCCCUGGAAGCGUCGUGGGACUGAUGGAGAACCGGGUCAAUAACCUGCCAGUCACGGACGGGAAUGUCCCCAAACGGCAAAUGAUUGAUCUUGUGAGAUAAGGUCGAACUCUUGUCACGGUGGAGAGAGCUGAAAACAACAAGUGGAGGCUCAUACCUCAAAGUCUUCCUGCUCCUCGCUGGUCAAUAUCGCUCUCUAAAACACACAAACAGGUCACCUGGUGCUUUUUAAAAAAUGUUUUUUGCUGAAGUCAUGCAGUCACUGUAAUUUAUGCUUUAUGUGAGACAGGUACAUGGAUGGUUCCAAGUGGAUUGCGACAUCCAAAGGGUUUGCCUUUUAAUCGUUUUGGGGGGGCAAAUGAUACGACCGUGAUCCAUACGCCUUGGAUUUGCAUCCCACCUUGUGUCUGUCGCCACCAGGCCGAGGAACCGACUUCUGUUGAGAGACGGUCGGUUGCUCACAAAAAGUCCGAGAUGUCGGCAUCUGUCAAUCGGGACCUCCUUCAAGGCCACUCACCUCCUCGUCCUCCCAUUCCCCGUCGAUCACAAACUCAAAGCAGCGGCUCCCCCGGAGGACCGAGAGCCCGGCGAGGAGAAGCGGCAGCAGCAGCAGCAGCCUCGGUUUCAUGGUCUUUGCACUGUGCGAGCGGCGGCUCUUUGGGCCAGAAUCCUUUGCAAACGAUUGAAAUGCAAGCCAGCGACUGACUCCCGGAUCAAUAUUUGGAAGCGGGUGGGAAGCAAACUUUGAAGCUUGACCCGCGCGUUGGGCCCCGAGUAAACAGCCUUGUGCUAACAGUUUGAUUUUCGACGUGCGCAACGCUGACGUUGCUCGUUUCUGACGAAUCAACUCCCAAAACCCAAAGAGACACUUUUAAAGCGUCACAAUUGAACAUCGACAAAGUUUGACAUUGCAAUUGCCAAGUGGCUGUACGAAGCGGUUCGACGUUCAAGAACAGAGUGCGGCAAGGCGGCAUUUGGCACAUGCUGCAGCAGCGUGAUGAACUUUGACCAAAAAGCAUCGAAAGGCAAAAGGAAUCCUUUUGCUGUCAUUCUCUUUUGUUUUUAAUGUUUAUUUUACAGCUCAAAAACCGUAUCAUUGUAUCAUUGAAUUUCACUCACACUUAUCGACCCUUGCAGUAACUUGUUUUGUCCACAAGAGUGUGCCAGAUAUGCCAAAGAAGGCCGCGACAGCGGAAAUUCUGACGGUCAGCGAAGGCAUCGGUGAGCACAAACAAACAGCGCCACUCACUGAGCUCACACACUCUCCUUUUUCUUCCACCUUCUCGUCCAGUGGGUGUGCAGGAUCCAAACUGCGACGCGAGGAUGAUGAAAACGAUGCUGCCGGUGUCGUUUCUGCUCCUGUGCGCCUCCUCUUGUUGCACGCUUGGCCAAGUGGAGCAUUUCCAAAACGAGGACUCUGUGGAUGCCCCCUUGGAUUUGGACAUGGCAUCUCGCAGAGUUCCGCGACAGCUGAAAAACACCAUUGUGAAGAAGCGUGAGAUGCGGUGACGAGGUCUGAGGUGGCAAGGAUGCAGUCGCCGGCCCAGGAUCAGUCAGAGGCACCCGCCGGUCCAACCGACGGGAAGGAGAAGGAGCCGCAAGAGGAGCUCCACUCGGGUGAGGGCUCUUCCCCAUUCAAAAGAACUUUGCAGCGGGCGCGGCGUUGUCAUUGUGCUGUUGCAUCAGAGCCCGAAGGCGCCGAGGCCCGAGAGGAGGAAGCCGACUUUAACUGGCAGGAGCGCCUGGAGGAGUUGAGGGCCGUCGCCGCCCCGCACGCGGCCUUCAAACACGUGGAGGUGAGCCUGCGGAGCGGCUUCCAGCCGGGCAUGAAGCUGGAGGUGGCCAACAAGGGCGGGGGCGACACCUACUGGGUGGCCACGGUGGUGGCCACCUGCGGCCAGCUGCUGCUGCUGCGCUUCAGCGGCUACGGCGACGACCGCAGGGACGACUUCUGGUGCCACGUCGCCACCGCCGAGCUGCACCCGGUGGGCUGGUGCGUCCGCAACCGCAAGACCCUCAGGCCCCCCCAGGCCAUCCGGGAGAAACGCGCAGAUUGGACGGAGUUUCUGGUGGGCGACCUGACCGGCUCCAGGACGGCGCCGGCCAACCUGCUGGAGGGGCCUCUGCGAGGGAAGAACACGGUGGACCUGAUGGCGCGGGGCUCGGUCCUGGAGGUGCGCGACGCGGCCGAGCCGUUCACGUACUGGCCGGCGCGCGUGAUCCGCAACGUGGGCGGGCGGCUGCGGCUCCGUCUCGCCGGCCUCUCGGACCAGCAUCGGGCUCGGGACGCCUGGCUCUUCUACCUGGACGUCAGGCUGCGACCGCUGGGGUGGGCGCGGGAGAACCGCUUGGCGUUGGAGCCGCCCGCAGAAUUGCGUCCUCUGAAGAGCGCCGGCGACUGGGAGCGCGCCUUGGAGGACGCCGAACGAGACGGCCGGACGAGCGCCGUGCCGCCGGAGGUGUUCAAGGACCACGCCGACCUGCCUGCGCACGCCUUCAAGGUGGGCAUGAAGCUGGAGAUGGUUUCGCCGUGGGAGCGCCUGCGCAUCUGCCCCGUUUCUGUCACCGAGGUGUUUGACGCCAACUACUUCCGAGUGACGGCGGACGACCCGGCGGCUGACGGCCAAGCGCGCUCGGCCUUGUGUCACGCCGCCUCUCCGGGCAUCAUGCCCGUCCAGUGGUGCCUGAAGAACGGCGCCGGUCUGGAGAGGCCUCGCGGCUACCAGGGGCGCGACUUCGACUGGGCCGACUACCUCCAGCGGGGCGGCGCCGAAGCCGCCCCCGACGCCUGCUUCCCCGACACGUGGCGGACUCGGGCCUUCGCCAAGGACACGUGGCUGGAGGCGGUGCACCCCGAGCGCCCGGCGGAGAUCUGCGUGGCGCGGAUCACUCAAGUGCGAGGGCGACUCUUGUGGCUGCGACUGGAAGAUGCGCUGCAGCAGUUUUGCGAGACCAUCGCCGACGUGGAGUCCAUGGACAUCUUUCCCGUGGGCUGGUGUGAGGCCAACGCCUAUCCUCUCAACCCGCCCUUCAAAGCUGCCGUCGGCAAGCAGCGCAAGGUCGCCGUGGUCCAGCCUGAGAAGCAGUCGCCGCCGUCCGGGCCCGCCGAGCCGCCUCCCGCCGAUCACUGCCAGCCUCCCCCCAAUGACACAGCCAACGGCCGCUACUGCUGCUCCAAGGUGUUUGUCAACCACCGCUGCUUCUCGGGGCCCUACCUCAACAAGGGCCGCAUCGCCGAGCUGCCGCAGACGGUGGGACCUGGCAAGUGCACCCUGGUUCUCAAAGAGCUCCUCAGCAUGCUCAUCAACGCCGCCUACAAGCCCGGACGCGUCCUCAAGGAGCUGCAGGAGCUGGAGGAUCCCGGCUGGGACUGCCAGGAGGAGACUCUGAAAGCCAAAUACAAAGGAAAGACGUACCGCUCCAGCAUCAAAAUCGUCCGGCUGGCCGACCUCAUCCCGGACUUCUGCCGCAAAGUGUGCGUCAAGCUGCAGUGCUGCCCCAACCUGGUGGGCCCCGCGCUUGUCCCCGAAAAGUGCCCCGAGAGCUGCUAUGUGCAGACCAAGACCAAAUACACUUAUUACUACGGGAAGAAAAGGAAGCUGCUGCCCAAGCCACACGGAGGCGAGGACGCGGCGGCGGGAGAGCCGCUCAAACCCAAGCGCAAGAAGCGCAAGAGCAUCUUUGUGCAGAAGAAGCGGCGCUCUUCGGCAGCGGACUCCACCGUCGCCGGCUCGGCUCAGGAAAGCGAGGAGGAUGAAGAGGACGGGGCGUCGCGCUCGGGCAGCGAGGGCACCAGCUCGGAACCCCGCGACGAGCCCACGGACGCGUCCUCGGCGGAGACCGUCGGGGGGCGCGCCGCCGCGUCGCGCAAGGCCGAAGCCGCCGGCGGUCGGGAGGCGCCGGACGGCCGGCGCAGGUCGACGCGUCGGCGCCUCGGCAAGCGCCGAGCGCCCGAAGACGACGACAACGACGACGCGCAGGAGGAGGAGCCUCUGGUUCUGGACAAAAACCCUCUGGAGUGGAGCGUGCAGGAAGUGGUCCAGUUCAUCACCGGCACCGACUGCGCCUCGUCGGCCAGCAUUUUUCAGGAGCAGGACAUCGACGGGCAGGCCAUGCUGCUGCUGACGCUGCCCACGGUGCAGGAGUGCAUGGACCUGAAGCUCGGGCCCGCCAUCAAGCUGUGCCACCACAUCGAGCGCGUCAAGGUGGCCUUCUACAGACAAUACGCCAACUGAGCUCUUUCCAAAGCUACCCGAGAAGCUUCCAAAAGGGGCUGCUAAGGCAAUUUUUGUUGAGGAGUUGAAUUUUCAUUUCCGGGUCGGGGAGCACUUGGGCUUUGAAUUGAAACGCGACGCGGCCCAUUCGUUCGUUCUUAUAUUUGGAGUAUUUAUUUGCCGGGCUUUAUUUACCGUUCUGCAGAAAGUUUUUAAUUUAUUGCACAAACUUUACGCAUUCCCAAGUGUCGCUCCUCUGGACUCCAACCAAGCCACUGCUGUAUUUGUGUGUUCAUCUUCUAUGCAAAUGUCUUGUUUGCUGAGAUUUUGUGAAGCCAGGAAUUAAAAUUUCUAUUCAUUUGUA